AUGCAUAUUACAGCUAUUUUCGACCAAACUGUUCAUACUGGAACCAACCUCCUCGCCUACUAUGAUGGGUCAGAUGAUUAUAAUGACUAUAAGUCUAAUUAUAAGUCAGAUAAUAAAGAAGCUCCCUGCACUUUAAUCAGCACUAUCGAGACUCCAUUGGUUCAACUACCAAAUGCAAAAGAGCAAAAGAAUAAUGUGGCAUAUACUUUAAGGCAGGAAAAAUUUAAUGAUAAUUUUUCUUCCAAGGACUUGCUAAAUGCCAUUUGA